GUGCCGGCGGGCGGCGGUUUUAUCUCCCCCUUUGCCCCGGGUCCCUCUCGCUCCGCGUGUCUCCGCCGCCAGCAUGAGUGUGGUGGAGCACGUACGAGAGAUGGCGUCUGCCGGGCUCCACUCGAACGUGCGGCUCCUCAGCGGGCUUCUCCUCACGAUGAGCGGCAAUAACCCGGAACUGUUUUCACCAUCUCAGAAAUACCAGCUCCUUGUAUAUCACGCAGACUCUCUCUUCCAUGAUAAAGAAUACAGAAACGCUGUAAGUAAGUAUACAAUGGCCUUGCAGCAGAAAAAAGCGUUAAGUAAAACGUCAAAAGUAAGACCUUCUGCUGGGAAUGCUGCAUCAACUCCCCAAAGCCAGUGUUUACCAUCUGAAAUUGAAGUGAAAUAUAAAAUGGCUGAAUGUUACACAAUGCUGAAGCAAGAUAAAGAUGCCAUUGCUAUUCUUGAUGGGAUUCCUUCCAGACAGAGGACCCCAAAGAUCAAUAUGAUGCUGGCAAAUCUAUACAAGAAAGCAGGUCAAGAACGCUCAUCUGUUACGAGCUACAAAGAAGUACUAAGGCAGUGCCCUUUAGCACUUGAUGCCAUACUAGGCUUGCUCUCGCUGUCGGUGAAAGGUGCGGAAGUGGCCUCUAUGACAAUCAACGUAAUUCAGAGUAUUCCUAACUUGGAUUGGCUUUCAGUGUGGAUCAAGGCAUACGCUUUUGUGCAUACUGGAGAUAACACAAGAGCAAUAAAUACCAUUUGCUCUUUAGAGAAAAAGUCAUUGCUGAGGGAUAAUGUAGACUUACUGGGGAGCUUAGCAGACCUGUAUUUCAGAGCCGGAGAUAAUAAAAACUCUAUUCUAAAAUUUGAACAAGCACAAAUGCUGGAUCCUUACCUAAUAAAAGGAAUGGAUGUCUAUGGUUAUUUAUUGGCACGUGAAGGUCGAUUAGAGGAUGUGGAGAACUUGGGCUGCCGUCUCUUCAAUAUUUCUGAUCAACAUGCAGAACCCUGGGUGGUAUCUGGAGGAGCUGCUCUUAGGAAUAUGGGCCGAGUACAGGAAGCGAUUAUACACUUCCGUGAAGCAAUACGUCUUGCACCUUGCAGGCUGGAUUGCUACGAAGGUCUCAUUGAAUGUUACCUAGCAUCCAACAGUAUCCGUGAAGCUAUGGUUAUGGCAAAUAAUGUGUAUAAAACUCUGGGAGCAAACGCACAGACACUCACUCUGUUAGCAACAGUCUGUCUCGAAGACCCGGUCACGCAGGAAAAAGCAAAAACGCUGUUGGACAAAGCGCUGACACAAAGACCUGAUUACAUUAAAGCUGUGGUAAAGAAAGCCGAACUUCUUAGUAGAGAACAGAAGUAUGAAGAUGGAAUUGCUUUGCUGAGGAAUGCACUGGCUAAUCAGAGCGACUGCGUCCUGCACCGAAUACUGGGAGACUUCCUUGUAGCUGUCAAUGAAUAUCAGGAAGCGAUGGACCAGUACAGUAUUGCCCUAAGUUUGGAUCCAAAUGAUCAGAAGUCACUAGAAGGAAUGCAGAAAAUGGAAAAAGAGGAAAGUCCAACAGAUGCGACCCAGGAAGAAGAUGUGGACGAUAUGGAGGGAAGCGGAGAAGAGGGGGACUUGGAAGGCAGUGACAGUGAAGCAGCUCAGUGGGCAGAUCAAGAACAGUGGUUUGGCAUGCAGUAAUGCCUCUCGUCGUGCUGCUUGUUUUGGCACUUGAACAUACCACCAGGGCCAUUCUUUGAAGUAACAAAGGACUUUUUUGCAGUAACAAAGGACUUCUUUUUCUUUUUUUCUUUUUUUUUUUUAAAUAGACUCUGAAACCAUGUAACAGUUCUAUGCAUCUCAAUGCCAUGAAGAUUCUUGAUGCUUCUUAUUUAUUAAGUGUAAGGGACUAACUGUAUGGGAGGUUAUUUGCAACUUUCAUUUCAAAAA